AUGGCUAAGACCAUUCCGAUUCCGGUCGAUGGACCAGAAAGUAUUGAGUGGGAUCCACAAGGAGAAGGUCCGUAUGCUUCGGUCGUAUUCUCAAGUGGCGCGGCGAUGAGCUUGGUUGGGUCGAGUUCGCAUACACAUCUCCUCACAGGGAAUUGUUCAACGCAUGAAGUAGUGCCUACUUGUGGAAGGCCACUAGGACUUAGCUUUGAGAAGAAAACAGGAGAUUUGUACAUUUGUGAUGGUUACUUAGGUGUCAUGAAGGUUGGACCAGAAGGUGGCUUGGCCGAGUUGGUUGUGGAUCAGGCCGAAGGUCGGAAGGUUAUGUUUGCAAACCAAAUGGAUAUCGACGAAGAAGAAGAUGUCUUCUACUUUAAUGAUAGCAGUGACAAGUAUCAUUUCAGGGAUGUAUUUUUCGCGGCGGCGAUCCUGGAAGAGUGA